AUGAAUGAAGAAAAGAAAAAUGAGAAAUUUAUUGUUAAAGAAAGUAUUAUUUACAUAAAAAAAUAUUUUGCUUUACAUGAUAAAACCUGUGCAUCAAUAAAUGAACUGAUAAAUAUCAUCUUAAACAAAAACUUUAAUUCAAAUAAGGGAAUUAAUGAAAAAGAGACAUUAACUAUUAUUUUUAAGAAAGAAUUAAAAUAUGAGUUUAUAAAAGUUUACGAAAUAUUAAAAAUAACAUUGGAGGAAAUGAAGAAAUGCAUUAAAAAAAUGAAAAAUUUUAAAAAUAUUAUAGAAGAAAGUAAAACUAAUAGCAUUAUAUUACAUUCUUUGCAUAAAUUUCUUAAAAAUACAUUAAUUUAUUUUAAAAGAGAUUAUAAAUUAAAGGAAAAUUUACAUAAAGCCAUCAUUUAUGUUGAUGAAACAUGUGAAAAUGAAAUAAAUAGAAUUCAAUUGAUAUGGAAAGAAACACCUUUUUUAUUUUUAAUUUUUCAAAAAUUUAAUACUAACAAAUUAAUUAAGGAUUGUGAACUCUUUUUAAAUAAAACAUGA